AUGGCCAGGACUUGGCUGCUGCUUCUCCUGGCCCUCGGGUGUCCAGCCCUGCCCAUAGAUCUUAUUUCCUUCCCUUCCUCCUCUGCGGUAACCACUCUCCUGAGGCUUGCACAACAAGGCACAGGCGGCACACCCUUCCCCUCUCUGGCCCCCCCAAUCACGCUGCUGGUGGAUGGGAAGCAGCAGACGCUGGUGGUCUGCCUGGUCCUCGAUGUAGCACCCCCUGGCCUGGAGAGCCCCAUCUGGUUCUCAGCUGGCAACGGCAGCUCACUGGACGCGUUCACCUACGGUCCUUCCCCAGAAGCUGACGGCACCUGGACUAGUUUGGCCCAGCUCUCCCUGCCCUCGGAGGAGCUGGCAGCCUGGGAAAACUUGGUCUGCCACACUGGGCCUGGGGCUGGCGACCACGGCCAGAGCACACGGCCCCUACAGCUGUCAGGAGAGACGUCCUCAGCCAGGACCUGCCUCUGGGAGCCUCUCAGGAGGACGCGGGGCCAGGCACUGCGGCUGGGGGCGCUGCGGCUGUUGCUCUUCAAGCUGCUGCUGUUGGACGUGCUCCUGACCUGCAGCCACCUCCGCGCCCUGCCCUCCAUGCUGGGGGACCCCGGGCUCCCCGCGCCCCCCGGGACCCCCCUGGAGCAUCACUGCCUCCCGCAUCCUCCGUCCGCAGGAGAGCCCUCGGCCCCCGCCGCCUGGAUUCACCGCAGUGCUGGGGGGCCGGCUGGCCCAGGGCUCACCCGGUCGCCGCAGCCCCACCUUCUCGGCUGGCAGGCCGGGAGCCCAGUCUGGGAGGAGGGGACGCUCCCGACCCACCAAGCUUGGGCCUGGUGCUCGUGA